AUGAUUGACUAUACAAAGAAUUCGCUAGUAAAAGUACUUUCAGAUCCACAGACUGUUCAUACCAACAGAUUACCAACAAGGGCAUACUACCUCCCGUCUGAAUCGACUUUGUCUUUGAAUGGAGACUGGGAUUUUAGUUAUUUCGAAACUCCUCAGGAAGCCCCAAUACCAGGAGACAAUUUCGAAGACUUUAAAAAGAUUCGAGUUCCUGGCCAUUGGCAAUUACAAGGAUACGGAAGACCUCAUUACACCAACGUCGUCUAUCCAUUCCCUGUAACACCCCCAAAUCCACCUUCGAAAAAUCCAACUGGGGUUUAUCGCCAUUCAUUUGAAGUUCCAGAAGAUUGGUCAAAAAAAGAUUAUGAAUACAGACUCCGGUUCGAAGGAGUCGACAACUCAUAUCACUUAUUUCUCAAUGGUAAACUCAUUGGAUACAACGAAGGAAGUAGAAAUGCUGCUGAAUUCGAUGUAUCCGACUGCAUCCACAAAACAGGCAAGAAUGACUUGGUCAUUAGAGUUUAUCAAUGGUCUAGCUCAUCUUACAUUGAAGAUCAGGACCAAUGGUGGUUAAGUGGAAUAUUUAGAGAUGUCUACUUACUAGGAUUCAAUAAGAAGGGCUAUAUCAAGAACUUUCAAGUUGCUACUGAUUUGGACAAAGAGUACAAGAAUGCCGAAUUGAGAAUUAACUUGCAAUUGAACACUACUUCAGAUGUAAAGAUAUCUUUGCAUGACCCCACAAAGAAUUUGAUAUUUGAACAGAAGUUUGACAAAUUGGUUCCAUCUUCUGAACUCAAAUUUCCAGUUUCAGAGCCUUUGAAAUGGACAGCGGAGUCGCCUUACUUGUACCUUCUUCGAAUUGAGAUUGUCGACGAAUUAGAGGCAAAGAUUUCUUGUGUUGAACAACAGAUCGGGUUCAGAACAGUAGAAAUGAAGAAAGGCUUGAUCUGCGUCAAUGGAGUUCCAAUUUUGAUAAGAGGAGUUAAUAGACAUGAACACCAUCCAAAGUUUGGCAGAUCAGUUCCUUUUGACUUUGUAGAAAGAGACUUAAAACUUAUGAAAGCUCACAAUAUCAACGCCAUUAGAACUGCUCAUUACCCAAAUCAUCCCAAGUUUUAUGAAUUGGCAAAUCAGCUAGGAUUUUGGGUUUUAGACGAAGCCGACUUAGAAUGUCAUGGAUUCGUCGAAGCUGUACGUAUUCCACAGAAUAAGGAGACACAAAUUCUGUACGACGAAACCACUCGUCAACUAUUCAAAGAAGCAGCGGAAUUCACAUCAAAUAACCCGUUAUGGGAGAAUGCUUAUAUAGACCGUGCAAAUCAAUUGGUGCAUAGAGAUUGUAAUCAACCCUGCAUCAUCAUAUGGUCUCUAGGAAAUGAAGCAUUUUUCGGACGGAAUCAUGCUAAAAUGGCGAAAGAAAUCAGGAGAAAUGAUAUUCAGAACAGACCAAUUCAUUACGAAGGAGAUUUGAACGCUGAAGUUGCCGACAUGUUUAGUAGAAUGUACAUCACUCCUGAUGAAGUUCUUGAGUAUACUAAGCAGAAAGCAAAACCCUUGAUUCUAUGUGAAUAUGCUCAUGCAAUGGGAAAUGGACCCGGACUUUUAAGACAAUACCAGGACUUAUUCUAUGAGCAUGAAAUUCUUCAAGGAGGAUUUGUCUGGGAAUGGGCAAACCACGGAUUGGAAGAUGUUGAUUCCAAAGGAAAUGUAGUAUAUAAAUACGGCGGUGACUUCGGCGAGUCUCCUCACGACGGUGUUUUUAUUUUGGACGGACUUACGAAUUCUGUCCAUGACCCAACUCCUGGAUUGGUGGAAUAUAAGAAGGUGAUCGAGCCUGUAGUUAUUUUAAUUGGAGAAGAAGAAGUUUCCAUCAAGAAUACUUUUGAUUUCAUCGACUUGAAUGAGUACACGGCUGAAUACACAUUUCUCGAAAUCAUUGGAUUAGAUAGACAUGUUUUGCAAUCCGGAGAUUUAGACAUCUCUAAUUUGCAGCCCAAACAAACAAGAAAACUAGCACUCCCAACUUUGGAAUCCAAACCUGAGCCUGGGUCCACUGUUAUAUUUCAUAUCAUUAUCAAAACAAAGAAAGAAACUCGCGGUUUACGUCGAGACCAUAUUAUCUCUUGGGCACAGAGAAAGAUACAACAGGGAAGCUCCAAAAUUCUCAAGCAACCUGGUGCAACUUUAAAAUGCAAACAAGAAGGGAACAGUUUGCAGAUCGAUUCCGAAGGAUCCAAGUUGGUGUUUGAUUUGGUUAAAGGGAGAAUUAAUUAUUGGGGAUCAAGCAAAGAACUUUUCUUGAGCGAUGAAAUGGACCAAGGAAGUUUGACAUUCUGGAGACCAAGCAUCAAUAAUGAUGCUACCAAAGAUGCACCAUACUGGAAAUCAUUUGGCUUGGACAAGAUGCAAAACCAUGUUCGUGAUGUUAGAGUUCAAAAACAAAACCAAUUUCAAGUAACCAUCGAAGUAGAUUCCUUUGUGGCUCCUCCUAUAUUAGCCUGGGGAUUUGAAGUGAAACAGGUUUACGAAGUGCUUGACAAAAAGAUCAAAUUAACCACUUCUUUGAAGCCAAUUGGCCACAAGGAUGAGUUCAUUCCCAAGACAAUUCCUCGUCUAGGUUAUCAGUUCAUUAUUUCUGACAAACUAGGAUCUAACGUGAGAUGGUUUGGGCGAGGUCCUGGAGAAAGCUAUAGUGACAAAAAGGAAGGACAAUGGUUCGAUGUUCAUAGACUUCCGCUUGACAAAUUGGAUUACAGCUACGAUUACCCACAAGAAAACGGAAACCAUGAAGAUACCGAUUGGGUUCUUCUUGAAUCAAAAGAAGAAGUCAAAGGCACACAAGCAGAAAAUGGAGCUAAGACUUUCGGAUUCAAGGCGUCGGAUAGCUGGCGAGUAGACGAGGCACAGCAUCCAUCUGACAUAGUUCAUGAUAGACGGUUUAUUCGGUUAGACUACAAGCAACAUGGAGUUGGAACCGAGGCUUGUGGUCCUGGUCCAUUAGCCGAAUAUCAAUUUAGACUUAACGGUCCAAUAGAGUUCGAGUUCACACUAGACAUGAUAACGAACUAG